UGAAACUAAUGUGAUACAAUAAAACGCGGCACUAAAAAUACGUCUGUGCGAUUCUUUAUCACAAAAUACAUUCUUUUUUUUUCUGAGAACUAAGUAACCGUUCAAUUAUCUUAUAUCAUUCAAUAAAACUAAUUCACAGAUAAAAUUGCUAAUGUACAAGUGUUCCAAUCUCACAAUAAUAUUUUAUUAUAUUUUAUGAUGCAUUAAAGUAGACAAUUUACAUAAAAUAUAAGCUGGAUGAAUAGGAAUAUAAGAAAAAGAAAUAUACAUCCAAUCAAUGGAAAGAAAAAAAUAAAAACACUAGUCUCUUGAUUAUUACGUGUGUAUAUUCGUGGAGAAAUGAUCUGUAUCAAUUCUUUAAAUAUUGGCCUCAAUCGUUUUCUGUUACUCGCAGUUGGUUUAUGGCCUUAUCAACAAUCUAAACUCGUUCGACUCCAAUUAAUUUCAUUUUUUUGUAUUUUAACAACAUUCAUCUUAUGUCAGUUAACAACAUUACUGACUUCACAAUGUACUCCUGAUUUUAUUAUGAAGAUUCUCUCCUCUGUACUAUUUUUUAUGAUGUUUGUGAUUAAAUAUAGAUAUUUUAAUGUUAAUAUUAAAUUCGUACAGAAUUUUCUAGAGCAACUGCAGCACAUUUGUAACGAACUAACUGAUAAAAAUGAAAUUAACAUCAUAAAACAGUAUGCUAGUAGUGCAAAGCGUUAUACAACUACACUUACAUUAUUGGCUGUGUUGAUCAUAUCCGCUUUUAUCUUAUAUCAAACUGGGUUAUACAUUUUUAACAUCUUAUUGCCUAUACAUAAUAAAAGUCGACCAUGUUCUUUGCUAUUUGUAACAGAGUACUUUGUCGACCAAGAAAGAUACUUCUAUUUGAUUACCUUGCAUACAUAUGCGGCUUUUGGGAUAGGAAGUGCUGUAAUGUUAGCAACAGGAACAAUACUCAUAGUUUGCAUGCAGUAUGCAUGUGGAAUGUUUCAAAUUGCUAGAAUUGCUUACAGUUAUCGCAUUGCAAGAACAACUAACACUUUGGAAAAAAGCAAUUUGAAAAACGAGAAUUUGACUUAUAAGGGAUUAAUUUAUGCGGUAAAUAUGCAUUGCAAAGCUAUGAAAUUCUGUGACUUAAUAUUGUCGAGAUUUCAAGUAAUGUUCUUUCUUUUGAUACUAAUCGGCGUGAUCUGCGGAAGUCUAAAUUUUUUUCUGAUUUUUCAAGUAAUAUCCUUUAAAUAUGAUACUUCGGAACUUUUGUUACCUUUAAUAGGCGUUAUCGUUCAUUUCUCUUAUUCAUCUAUAGGCAACUACAUAGCGCAGGAAGUUAUAGAUCAUAACAAUAAUAUAUUUGUCACUGUGUAUAAUAUUCAAUGGUAUUUAGCUCCAUUACAAGUGCAAAGAAUGUUACUAUUUCUCUUGCAAAGGGGAACCAAGGAGUUCACUAUGAAUAUUGCUGGAUUGUUUGUGGGCUCAUUAGAAAGUGCUGCUACGCUGAUGUGUACUGCAGUAUCAUAUUUCACCUUUCUUCUUUCCACUCGGAAUUCAAACAAAAUAAAUUAACCAAUAAUAUAGUAGGAGUACCUGAGACAUAAUAAAAAUCCUAAGCGUUAAACAAGUUUUCAAUAUAUUAAAAAUAAAUAAAUAUUAUUCUCUAGUAUAUAAUUUUGGCAUUUGCAAAAAAUAAUAUUAAUUAAUACAGUAGAAAUUAUUAUGUACUAAUUGCAAUAUAUUUCAAUACACAGCAGCAUCUCUGUAAAAAGAUCCUAUUAUACCCAGGCUUCCGUUAAGGUAGAAUAACAUAAUGAAAAAACUAAUUAGAUAUAAAUUAAGUAGAAUAAUUUUUUAAAAUUUUGAAGUAUGUAUUAAAUCUGCAAGGCAUUUGUUAAAAGUAUGAAGUAGCCAAACAAAAAGGAAUAAAGCAAAGGAACUUUUACUCGUACAACACUUGUACAAUUCUACUUUAUUUUUCUAAUCAAUUUUAUUUUUAUCUUUUUAUACCAAGAAACAAGUGUUUUUACAUUUUCUGUGCAAAAAUUCAUCAACGAAUAACUGUUUCUUCUCGCAGUUAUUAUAAACCAUUGUUUAAAAAGGAAAACAACAACUCUAAUAAAAAUUCAUAGAGUCAAUUCAUAGAGUUCAUAAGAGUCAAUUCUAAUAAGAACUUUUUAAGCUCCUUUCUUACAGUCCAUUUACAUUUACAAGUGAUUUUCAAGAAGUGAUUAACAAAAGAGAACCUCGCAAAUCCAAAAAUUCUGAUUUUAAUGAAACUUUGCAUAAAUGUAGAAGGAGUAAAUACAUAAAUUUAGACAUUUUUCGUUUAAGCUUAUAAACGGUUUAAAGGGUUGAAACCACCCUUCAAAGAUAAACAACAUUUUUGCUUUUUCUCGAUAUAUCUCGUAGAUCAAACAAGAUAUCAAAAAAUAUUUUAUACAAAAGUUGUACAGUAUAAGUACAGUAUAAGUUUUACAGUAUAAAUACAUCUGAACUAUGCUAUUUAUUUUUUGGAAAAAAAAAAUUUUUUUAACAAUUUUUUUCAAAAAAUGAAUAACAUAGUUAAAUAGAGAUAUUUAUGCUGUAAAACUUUUGUAUAAAACAUCUUUUGAUAUUUUGUUUAGUUUACAAGAUACGUCAAAAAAGAGGCAAAAACCCUUAACUUUUGAAGGAUAGUUUCAAUCCUUUAAAUCAUUUAUAAGCCCAAACGAAAAAUUGCUAAAUUCAUGUAUUUACCCCUUCUACAUUUAUUAAGUUUCAUUAAAAUCAAAAUUUUCGGGUUCGCAAAAUUUCCUUGUAAGUUAUGUAAAGUAAUAAUCAAAGUAAUGAUUAUAACAAUUUGUUAACAAAAAUGGUCACCGCUGUGUAUUAUUUAUUGUGACCAUUAAAGAAAAUCUUAAACAAACAUUUUAUUUCAAAGUGUAGGCUAAGUAUUAUAUUUCAUUGAUUAAAAUUGCAUUUUAUCUGGUAGUAUAGUUGUAUAGUAAUCUCCAUUUGAAAGUCAACAUAAAAGUGUCACAACUUAACAGUACACAACAUAACAUUCAAAUUAAUUAAGUUAAUAAUAAUAUUAAAGUUAACUCUCAAGUUGGAGCUUAUACUUAAGUUGAAGAUUAUCCUAAUGUUCAGUAUUUAAAAUAACAUUCAAGUGUUAUUUUUAGUUAUUUUCAUCUAAUAUUUCCGUGAGUUGACAGCUUUAGGUGUGAAAGUACAACACUAAGUCAUAUAAAAUAUAAUAUUUAAUUUUUUCUUUUUUUAUUAAGUUUUUUAUUCAUUCUUACUAUAUAUACUUUGAACAUGUAAAAGAAUUUUCAAUUCUGUAAAGCCAAUUCAAAAAUAUAUACUUUAAACUAUAAUAUUAAUAAUUACCGUCAAUUCAGCACCUCUUUAAUAAAUAAUACAUCAAUAUAUGUUAAUUAGCCUUUGCAAUUACUAUUUUUCUAAAUGAUAUAAUAUAAUUUAUGAGAACAUAUACGCACUAUAAAAAGAAUAAAAUACAUUAUUGCGUUACCGACAACGCGGUGGAUACUUGUGACUCUAAGAAAUGCAAGUAUAUUCUCAUGAGAAAUAAACAUUCGUUUAAUUCACUGUGUUAUGCUGAUCACUUAAUUGCCUUUCUUAGACAAAAUUGUUGAAUUGCUAACGUUUCGUUCUCAGAGUGGUAUUAUCGGUUAUUUUACGUUAAGUUAGAUAAUUUUUAGUGCAAUUUACAAGAUAACGGUAAGUUAUAAAAUAUUUAAUCGAAGAUGGGAGAUGCGCAAACCAUCGCGCGUCGCUGACUUUUUCGCAAUCAAACGUAUUUCCAUACUCGUAGAGUAAUGAUCUGUAUCAAGACUAGACACUUUCACGUCAAUCGAAUUCUCUUACUUGUUCUUGGUUUAUGGCCUUAUUAUCAAUCAAACUUCGUUCGAUUUCAAAUAAUCUUGUGCCUUGGUAUUCUGACAAGUUUUAUUAUUUUUCAGGUAAUUAAUAUAAUUUAUAUUAUCUAUUGCAUUUUCAGUUACAUCAUUGUAAACAGUACAUAAAAUACUUGCUACAGUAUUCAUUCAUUUUCUUACAACUUUUAUAGUCACUCGAGAUAUGAACAAUAUCGCGAUAAAUACACAUAUUAUAUUAUAAUUAAAAUUAUAAUUAAAAUUAUAAAAUUUUAUUACGUUGUUUUUUGCUCAAAAGCAAAUUAUGUUAAAUUUGUAUUUCGAAUAAGAAAAUAACACAUUGUAAUAUUUACAAAACAUUUAUUUAUUUGCAGCUUACAACAUUUUUGACUGCAGAAUGUACUCCUUAUCUUAUAAUAAAAGUUUUCUCUACUGUAAUGUUUUGUGCUACAUAUAUCAUAAAUUAUAACUCAUUUUGGAUAAAUACACAUAAUGUAAAACGUUUAAUGGAGCGACUACAGCAAAUCUGUAAUGAGUUAAAAGAUGAAAACGAGAUCAAUAUUAUGAAAGAGUACGGAGAUAGCGUAAAACGUUACACAGCUGUAAUUACAAUGUUCGCCAUGCUUUGCUUAUUCAUCGCCAUUUCAAUAUCGAUGUCCGCAAUAAUUUGUGAUAAUGUUUUGCAUAUGAAUGGAUCGCGGACACGUCAAAUGUUAUUUUUCACGUCCGAGUAUUUCAUCGAUCAAGAAAAGUAUGGCUAUAUAAUUUUGUUGCAUUCAAAUGCAGUCUUAUAUAUAGGAAUAACUACGGUAACAGCGAUCGGGACAAUGCUUAGAGGAUACUUUAUACACGCUUGUGGAUUGUUUAAAAUUGCCAGGUAAAAAAUUAAUGUAUAUAUAAACAAAUUUAAAAGUUAGAUUAUUGUAAAUAAAAAUCUUGAUUUUAUAUCAAUGCCUCAGUACGAAUAAACUUGUACAUAUAGAGAACUGUGUAUUUAUAGAUUAAAAUUAAUUUAUAGUUAUCGUAUCGAGCAAGCGUUGGCCAUUAAAAUAGUCAAAAAUAUCAGUAUAGAAAACGAGAUGAUGAUUUAUAAGGAAAUAAUUUGUGCUAUCGACAUUCAUUGCAAAGCUAUAAAGUUGGUAUUCUAUCCAUAGCAAAAAUGCAAGACUUUUAGUUUUUUAUCAAUAUAUAGGGUAAGUUAGGGUAUAAUGACCAUACGAAAAAGAUGGUCAUAAUUUCUUCAAUAAUUGCUAAAUAAUGUGUUCUUGUAAUUGUUUUCAAAGAUAAUCAAUAUUUACUGUAGUUUAUGUGCAUAUACUAUUCGAAAUAACGAUAUUGUGGAUGUCAUAUCACGUUUUUACUUUUGAAUGCCUGUAAAGUUUUUCACGUGUUCGUGAAUUCACGUCAUUCAAUUUCACGUCAUUAGAAAUUGCCAUAAUGUCGAAUAAAUUAUAGUUGUGCUGUCGCAAUAAAUGUUACCCAUGUAACAAAAGUAUGUAAAUUGUAAUGUGUUAUUAUAUUUUUUAUUUCCUUUUCUAUUUUUUAAAUAAAUACUAUGAUUAUCUUUCUUUCACAGUUUGGGCAAAAUAGCCCAUGACAUUUCGGGAUAAGUGUUUAUGUAUAUAUUUUAUUAAAAAAGACGAGAAUUAAGUUGUACACUUAAUAUUUUAAUUUGACAUAUCAUAUAUUUUUUUAGUAGUGAGAAUGAGUUAAAUUGAUGUGAACUUAUAUGAACUUAUGUGAACAUUUAAUAUUAAAAAUGUUUAAAAAUAAAAUUAAAUAUGUGAUAAUAUGUGACAAUAAAACUAAAUAUGUAAAAUUAUAAGUUUUUUUAUUAUUCUAUAAAUAUUAAGUAUAAAAUAAAAAUGUAUAGCCCACUGUUCUAUAAUACUAUGGCCAUCUUUUCCCUGAAAGUUGUGAAAGAUGGUCAAUGUUCAUAUUUCAAUAUUUUUAUAAUAAAAAAUUUUUAUUAAGUAUUUUCUCUUUAAUGUCGAUAGUUUUACAUACUUAAAGCUUCGGUGAAGUAAUAUACCAAACAUUAUUUAAAAAAAAUAAAAAUCAAAAUGUUUUUUGCAUUUAAAAAAACUAUGGCCAUCUUACCCGAGUUUACCCUAAAAAUAAAUAUUUCGUAUUUUGCUUUCUCAUAGAAGAAGCUUUGUUUUGGUAUAAAAAUUUUUUAGUUAUUCUUGCCAAUGUGUCCAGAAUGUUCUUAAACGUCGUAAAAACGCAAUUUUAAAAAAAUGUCGAUGUGUGUGUGUGUGUGUGUGUGUGUGUGUGUGUGUCAUGGGUGGAAAAGACUGAAGAUUUUCAUAGAUUAAAAAAAAAUGCUAUUAAUUAAUUCUAAAUUGUUAAAAAACAUCAUUUUGAGAAGUCUUAAUUAUUGAAACUUUGAAAUGUAGCCCAUAAAAAAUUAAGGAGGUGUGUGUUUGUGCGUGUGUGUGUGCGCUUGUGUGUGUGUGUGUGUGUGUGUGUGUGUGUGUGUGUACGUCACGCACAAAAACUACCUGGAAGGAAAAUAUUCCAGCUGUGCGUAAACGCAGUUUCUCUUACCC